AAUAACCGCCGCCUCGUCAUCGUCGGCUUCGAGUUUGGAGAGGUACGGUGGCACCGCGUAUUUUUUAAUAUUAUUAUAUCCGCGGCACUGCGCGCGGUACACCGUCGGCCUCCGUCGUGUGUGUGUUUUACGCGAAAGUGUGCGGCGCUUGGUUCAGGGCACGGAGUGCGUAAACUGCUGCUUUACUCGCCGAUCGAACGCUUUUGGGCUUUACUUGACCACCAGCAACUUGCAGUGGUGCCGUCACACGAUUCAUCGGACAGCCCUUUUCACUCGUUUCUUCCGAUGACACCUUAGAGUCUCGGCAGGGAAACCGAUCGUGAGGGUAAACAACACCCUCGGCCACAAAAGAUCGGAAUCACGACCACUACCUCCGCCGCCGCCCUGUGUUCGUGACUUAGCCGGUUGUUGUAUUGUUGUUUUUUGCAUUGAUAUUAAAAAAUUAAAUUAUUUUUUCCUGGUGCGCCGGUUGAUUUUCUUGCCAUUGACUUCCCAGUGUGACCCGCUAAAAGUGUCGUUCGGUUCUUUCCGUUUCCGCCGUGCGUUCGCACUCCGUACCCGUCUGCUCACCAGAACUUCAAAAAUAAUGAUUUACAACGUCUUUGUCCGAGCAUUUUUUGGAUUACCGUUGUACGCGACCAAGUCAAAUAAUGUAUGAUACGGAUUCAGAAUGCGGCAACGGCGCCCCGUUGACGCUACACUAUGGCAAUCAUCACGUGUAUCUCAUGGCUGAGAUACAGCAAGCCGGAGACGAACACUCCGACAUGGAGCUCAUGUGUGAAAAAGGAGUGACUAUUAGAGCGCACUCGCUGGUACUAGCGUCAGUCAGUCCUCUUGUGCGGCGAUUACUCAAAGAGGAUAAUAUCUGUAUGUAUCAUAACUUAGUACUCCAGUUUCCAGAAAUUAAGGAAAUACACAUGAAGACAGUACUAGAUUUUAUUUACACUGGUCAAGCGAAUGUGCUGGAAAAUGAAUUUGAAGAAGUGGUCAGCUUAUUAAAUUUGCUUGAGAUUCGAUCGGAUACUUGGCAGAGAGCUAUGUAUGAAUCUUCUUCAUCACCACAGGCCAUAUCUGGCCAACAAACGUCAGCAACAUCAUCUGAGGAAUCUCCUAGAACAGAUCCCGAAAAUCUAUCGCCGACAUCACGGUUCAAUCAAGUACAUCCAAAAAAAAGGCGGAGAAGAUCGUCUGUGCCUGUCAAUCUAUCUAUUGACGCCAAAAAUGAAGAUCCGACUAUCACCCAGCCUAAUUGGCGAGUAUCUAAGUUGGAUGAAGGGCAUAGAAAACUAAGGCGACGAAGUAGUUCACCAUUUGACGAUUAUCCGCAUGAUCGAGGUGGAGGAGAUAGUAGAGACUACAGUAGCUUUCAAGAUUUUCCAAAGCGAGAACCACACUGGAUGGAAACAGAAUACCGAAGCGCUCAUCUUCAAUAUAGUUGUGAAGUGAAUUUACCGUACAUGGACUCUGCGGACCCUAAUUUAGAUCCAGAAGCUGAGGAAACCAACGAUUCAGAUAGUAAAGAUGCUCGGCUUAACCCUGCUAACUAUGUGGUGACACCAAGAAAACGAAAGAAGCAGCCUGGAUUCCAAAAUGCACCUGCACAAAAUCCACCAUUUGUACCCAUGUACUUACACGAAAUGGCAUUCCGGCAUCAUAAAAUUACGCAGUCAUUGAGUACAUUUGUGCACCAUCCAUUCGGAUCGGCUCCAUCUGUGGAUGAUGAACGGGAAACACCACCAUCCCUCAGGCCUCCUAUUUUUAUGGGCCGGUCCAGAUCUCAGGACGAUUCGGGUGUGUAUAGACCUUCACUCCCUCUACCACCUCUACCACCACCUCCUCCUCAUUCUGGCGAUGACAGCCCACCCCAUACUCCUCGUCCACCAUCUUCCCGACCACCAAGUGCGCCAGCGAUUCCUCCUUCGACCCAGUCCUCAUCGUAUAGGUUUAAUGAAAAUGGAUCGCCCUGGCCUCAGUCAGGUACAGAUGUAAAGACAGAAAAUUCGGAACAACAACAGAAUGCCACGGGAUCCGAUCCAGAUGAGAAGUCAGCGGUUUCAGUAGUAGGUGCCGGCCGAGAGUACAAAUGUACGUAUUGCGGAAAACAAUUUGGCAUGAGCUGGAACCUUAAAACUCAUUUAAGGGUUCAUACAGGAGAAAAACCCUUUGCAUGUCGGUUGUGCGUCGCCAUGUUCAAACAGAAAGCUCAUCUACUGAAGCACUUAUGUUCAGUCCACAGAAACGUUAUAUCACCGGGAGCCAGUUCGACCGACCAAGAAUCGUCAGGCACAUUUAACUGUUGUUUCUGUCAGAUGACUUUCGAUACCCUCCAACAGUUGGUACGACACUUUUCCGGGCCUCACAAUAAUCUGUUGCUCACCAAGAACUUGAACGCCUGACAACGGUCUUCUACAACACAAGUGUCGGUGAAACACAUUAAGUUGACAAUUUUGCAAGAAAUAAAAUCCAUACGAACGUAUUUUCACCAGAGCUGUCAAGUACCAAUUAUCAUUAUUUUCCUAUGAACUUCUCGUUUCAAACAUACGACGGGCAUCUUAGCAUUACUAAUUUUAUUAUAAAAAAUUAUUAUUUACAAUUAGAUACAAUGAUAUUACAUAUAUUAUAAAUAUUGUUAUUGUUAUCUUACCAAUGUAUUUAGUUUGUACAGAAGAACGUUAAAUAAUAUAAUGUAGUGUAAAUAAAAUUAUUAUCAUAAGAUUAAGCAUAGUAGUUAUUGUAUGCGACGCUUCCCAAAAGUUGUAUUAUGCAUAGGCGCCGUAUAUUUUGGAGUUACCACCUACGCAUGUAUUUAAAUAAGUUUUUAUUUUAUGUUUUAUUUAAGAUAAAUAUAAUGUAUGUUUUUAUACAUUAUAACAAAUAGAAUUUAGAAGGUAUUAAAAAAGAUUGUUUCUUAUGUAUAGUAUAUGGACGUAGGUUUUUCUAUUAUAGUUUUUUAAGUUAUUAACUCUUAUACUUCUUGAUUGAUAAUGUAAAUAUAUAAUAAUAUCUAUACAUAGGUAUAAAUAAUAGGAUAUUUUCUUCCAUAAUUUUUUAUAUUUUAUUCGAACUUGAGAAAAUAUCCUUAAUUAUUGUAUUAUACUUAAAAUGUAAUGUUCUUAUAGGAAAAGAAAUAUCGAUCUCUAGAAGUGAGAUAAUGUAUGUUAUGUGUAAAAUAAAUUAUUUUUAAAGUACCGAUUUUAGAAUUCCACUCGAAAAAAAAUACAUACAUCAAUGAAAUACCCCAUAAUAAUAAUAUAAAAUUUUUCUUUAUUACAAAUGAUAAAAGUAAUGUAGCAAUAAAAAAAACUUUUAAUCUAAUUUAAAAAAACCUCCUGUGUCGAUUAGGUGCUAAUUUAACUUGUACAAACAAUUAUUUCAUGUAGUCAAGUGACAUUGUUUUUAUUUUAUAAGGAAAAAAUUAAUGAACACACAUUUUAAGAUAGACAAACAUGAUCUCGGAUUGUCUGUCUACAAAAGUCGUCGUGUACAUAUAAAAAUGAAUAUAGUGUUAAAUACAGUGUAAUGUAAUUUUAAAUAUUAUAUUUUUUGUUAAGAACUUGAAAAAAAUUUAAAAUUAUUGUACAAUAGAUAUCAUUAUGAAUUAUUUUUAAAACCCGACUUGUAUAUUAAUAUUAUAACACGGAAUUGAAACUAGUCAUAAUUUAUUGAUAAGAUUGUUAACAUUUUCCGUGUACAAAUUUGUAAAUAAUAUAAGUCUAAUGUAAUUAUUAUCUGUAUAAAUCAAAACAGCCCAACCCUACCCUUGUCAAUUAUAACUCUUUCGUGGUAUAAUAGUUAUUAUAAACAAUCGUAAUAACGAAAUGUUUCAAUAAAAAAUUUUAAUUUUCUAUAACA